GGACUCUCGCGAUAUCUUCUGAGACUGCCCCUCCCCCACCUCCUAGGGCCGUUUCGGUUUAAUCUAGUGUGUGAGUGAGUCUGUGUGAGGGAGCGAGUGAGUGUGUGAGGUGCUGAGGUGAGGCAGAGGCUAGAAAAGGGGUUCCCUCAAGACGAGGGACAAAGGGGGCGUGAGGCACCUAGGCCGCGGGACCCGGGCGACAGGAAGCCGCCCUGAGCCGGGCUACCGGGUAGGGGAAGGGCCCGCGCUGUCCUCACAGGGCCCCAGAGCCGGAGUCGGCCCCACAGCCCCGGGCCGAGAGCUUCCUACUUCCUCGACCUCCCCGGCACCCGGGCCUGAGGAUUGGCUCGGCGAGGGGAGAAGGGGAAGCAGACUUGAGCAGCUAUCCGUUGUCUCUCAACUCCACUGCUGAGGAAUUCUAAUUUCUUCCGUCGCUCCUUCACCCCCCACCUCAUGUAGGAGGGUGCUGAGGAGUCGGGAGGGAGGAGGAGCCUGGACUACCGUCCCUUCCCUUUCCACCCCCUUCCAGGGGCGCUUUGGUGGGCGUGGAGUUGGGGUUGGGGGGGAGGGUGGGGGUUACUUUUUGGAGUGCUGGGGAACUUUUUCCCCUUCUUCAGGCGACGGGAAAGGGAAUGCCCAAUUCAGAGAGACAUGGGGGCAAGAAGGACGGGAGUGGAGGAGCUUCUGGAACUUUGCAGCCGUCAUCGGGAGGUGGCAGCUCCAACAGCAGAGAGCGUCACCGCUUGGUGUCGAAGCACAAGCGGCAUAAGUCCAAGCACUCCAAAGACAUGGGGUUGGUGGCCCCCGAAGCAGCCUCCUUGGGUACAAUUAUCAAACCUCUGGUGGAGUAUGAUGACAUCAGCUCUGACUCGGACACUUUCUCUGAUGACAUGGCCUUCAAAUUAGACAGGAGGGAGAAUGAUGAGCGUCGUGGAGCGGAUCGCAGUGACCGCCUGCACAAACACCGUCACCACCAGCACAGGCGUUCCCGGGACUUGGGGAAAACCAAACAGACCGAAAAGGAAAAGAACCAGGAGGUCUCCAGCAAGUCGGGAUCCACGAAGGAGCGGACGUCGGGAAGUUCGAAGCGUUCGAACGAGGAGAACGAGGACUAUGGCAAGGCACAGAUAGCCAAAAGCAGCGGCAAGGAAUCCAGGUCAUCCAAGCUGCACAAGGAGAAGACCCGCAAAGAACGCGAGUUGAAGUCGGGUCACAAAGACCGGAGUAAAAGCCAUCGGAAAAGGGAAACACCCAAAAGUUACAAAACCGUGGACAGCCCGAAGCGGAGAUCCAGGAGUCCCCACAGGAAGUGGUCCGACAGCUCCAAACAAGACGAUAGUCCCUCCGGAGCGUCCUAUGGCCAAGAUUAUGACCUGAGCCCCCCGAGGUCUCACACCUCGAGCAAUUACGACUCCUACAAGAAGAGUCCGGGAAGUACCUCAAGGAGGCAGUCGAUUAGCCCACCGUACAAGGAGCCUUCGGCCUACCAGUCCAGCACGCGGUCACCCAGCCCCUACAGUCGGCGACAGAGGUCUGUGAGUCCCUACGGCCGGAGACGGUCGUCCAGCUAUGAAAGGAGUGGCUCCUACAGCGGCAGAUCGCCCAGCCCCUACGGUCGACGGCGGUCCAGCAGCCCUUUCUUGAGCAAGCGUUCUCUGAGCCGGAGCCCGCUUCCCAGUAGGAAAUCCAUGAAGUCCAGAAGUAGAAGUCCUGCAUAUUCAAGACACUCAUCUUCUCACAGUAAAAAGAAGAGAUCCGGGUCACGCAGUCGUCAUUCCAGUAUCUCACCUGUCAGGCUUCCACUGAACUCCAGUCUGGGUGCUGAACUCAGUAGAAAAAAGAAGGAAAGAGCAGCUGCAGCAGCAGCAGCAAAACUGGAUGGAAAGGAAUCCAAAGGUUCACCUUUAUUUUUGCCUAAAAAAGAAAACAGCAGUUCAGUAGAGGCUAAAGAUUCAGGCUUGGAGUCCAAAAAGUUACCCAGGGGUGUAAAAUUGGAAAAAUCUGCUGCAGAUACUGAACUGGUAAAUGUAACCCAUCUAAAUACAGAGGUCAAAAAUUCUUUAGAUACAGGGAAAGUAAAGUUGGAUGAAAACUCUGAGAAGCAUCCUGUUCUUAAAGAUUUGAAAGCACAGGGAACAAGAGACUCUAAACCCAUAGUACUGAAAGAGGAGAUUGUUACUCCAAAGGAAACAGAGACAUCAGAAAAGGAGACUCCUCCACCUCUUCCCACAAUUACUUCUCCUCCACCCCCUUUACCAACCACUACCCCUCCACCUCAGACACCCCCUUUGCCACCUUUGCCUCCACUGCCUGCUGUUCCUCAGCAACCGCCUCUGCCUCCUCCCCAGCCAGCGGUCAGUCAGGCUCCUGCUUCUAGUACUUCAGCUUUGCCCCCUUCUACUCAUGCAAGGACAUCUGCUCUGUCCUCUCAGGCAAAUUCUCAGCCCCCUGUACAGGUUUCCAUGAAGACACAAGUAUCUGUAACAGCUGCUAUUCCACACCUGAAAACAUCAACGUUGCCUCCUCUGCCUCUCCCACCCUUAUUACCAGGAGAGGAUGACAUGGAUAGUCCAAAAGAAUCUCUCCCUUCAAAACCUGUAAAGAAAGAGAAGGAACAGAGGACACGACAUUUACUCACAGACCUCCCUCUCCCUCCUGAACUCCCUGGUGGAGAUCCAUCCCCCCCAGACUCUCCAGAACCAAAGGCAAUCACACCACCUCAACAACCAUAUAAAAAGAGACCAAAAAUUUGUUGUCCACGGUAUGGAGAGAGAAGGCAAACUGAAAGCGACUGGGGGAAGCGCUGUGUGGACAAGUUUGACAUUAUUGGGAUUAUUGGUGAGGGAACCUAUGGCCAAGUAUAUAAAGCCAAGGACAAAGAUACUGGAGAACUGGUGGCUCUGAAAAAGGUGAGACUAGACAAUGAGAAAGAGGGCUUCCCAAUCACAGCCAUUCGUGAGAUCAAAAUUCUUCGUCAGUUAAUCCAUCGGAGUGUUGUUAACAUGAAGGAAAUUGUCACAGAUAAACAAGAUGCAUUGGAUUUCAAGAAGGACAAAGGUGCCUUUUACCUUGUAUUUGAAUACAUGGACCAUGACUUAAUGGGACUGCUAGAAUCUGGUUUGGUGCACUUUUCUGAGGACCAUAUCAAGUCAUUCAUGAAACAGCUGAUGGAAGGAUUGGAUUACUGUCACAAAAAGAAUUUCCUGCAUCGGGAUAUUAAGUGUUCUAACAUUUUGCUGAAUAACAGUGGGCAAAUCAAACUAGCAGAUUUUGGACUUGCUCGGCUCUAUAACUCUGAAGAGAGUCGCCCUUAUACAAACAAAGUUAUUACUCUAUGGUACCGACCUCCAGAACUAUUACUGGGAGAAGAGCGGUAUACACCAGCCAUUGAUGUUUGGAGUUGUGGAUGCAUCCUUGGAGAACUGUUCACAAAGAAGCCCAUCUUUCAAGCUAAUCUGGAACUGGCUCAGCUAGAACUGAUCAGCCGACUCUGUGGUAGCCCUUGUCCAGCUGUGUGGCCUGAUGUUAUCAAACUGCCCUACUUCAAUACCAUGAAACCGAAGAAGCAAUAUAGAAGGCGUCUACGAGAAGAAUUCUCUUUCAUUCCUUCAGCAGCACUUGAUUUAUUGGACCACAUGCUGACACUAGAUCCUAGCAAGCGAUGCACAGCUGAACAGACCCUACAGAGUGACUUCCUUAAAGAUGUCGAGCUCAGCAAAAUGGCUCCUCCAGACCUCCCCCACUGGCAGGAUUGCCAUGAGCUAUGGAGUAAAAAGCGACGACGGCAGCGACAAAGUGGUAUUGUGGUGGAAGAGCCACCUCCAUCCAAAACCUCUCGAAAAGAAACUACCUCAGGGACAAGUGCUGAGCCUGUGAAGAACAGCAGCCCAGCACUACCUCAGCCUGCUCCUAGCAAGGUGGAGCCUGGGGCUGGGGAUGCAAUAGGCCUUGGUGACAUCACACAGCAGCUAAAUCAAAGUGAAUUGGCAGUGUUAUUGAACCUGCUGCAGAGCCAAACCGACCUGAGCAUCCCUCAGAUGGCACAGCUGCUUAACAUCCACUCCAACCCAGAGAUACAGCAGCAGCUGGAAGCUCUGAACCAAUCCAUCAGUGCCCUGACGGAAGCCAGUUCCCAGCAGCAGGACUCAGAGCCCAUAGCCCCAGAGGAGUCUUUAAAGGAGGCACCCCCUGCCCCAGUGGUCCUGCCUUCAGCAGAACAGACAACCCCUGAAGCUUCAAGCACACCAGCUGACAUGCAGAAUAUGUUGGCAGUUCUCUUGAGUCAGCUGAUGAAAACCCAGGAGCCAGCAGGCAACCUGGAGGAAAACAACAGUGACAAGAACAGUGGGCCACAGGGACCCCGAAGAACUCCCACAAUGCCACAGGAGGAGGCAGCAGCAUGUCCUCCUCACAUUCUUCCACCAGAGAAGAGGCCCCCUGAGCCCCCCGGACCUCCACCGCCGCCACCUCCACCCCCUCUGGUUGAAGGCGAUCUUUCCAGCGCCCCCCAGGAGUUGAACCCAGCCGUGACAGCCGCCUUGCUGCAACUUUUAUCCCAACCUGAAGCAGAGCCUCCUGGCCACCUGCCACAUGAGCACCAGGCCUUGAGACCAAUGGAGUACUCCAACCGGCCCCAUCCAAACAGGACUUAUGGAAACACUGAUGGGCCUGAAACAGGGUUCAGUGCCACUGACACUGAUGAACGCAACUCUGGUCCAGCCUUGACAGAAUCCUUGGUCCAGACCCUGGUGAAGAACAGGACCUUCUCAGGCUCUGUGAGCCACCUUGGGGAGUCCAGCAGUUACCAGGGCACAGGGUGGUGGCAGCAACAGGAAUGGCCCCUGAGGAACUCAGCAAUGUCCUUCAAUCGCCUCUCAUCCAGAGCCUAGCCAGGACAGCUUCCCCACUGAUCCACCACCCUAUCCAUCCACACAGCCCUGCCUCCUUCACUGUCGUCCAGCCCUUUUUUCUUCGGCAAGGUAAGUUGGUGCUUCCCAUCCCCUGCCUCUAACCCACUUCUCCAGCUCCCUUCCAGGUUCAGAGGGAGAUUCUGCCUGGCUCAACACUGUGAGAUGCCAGAGGUGGAGGCCUGCCAGCCACUUCCUCCAUCCCAGGGCCCAGUGGGCAGGCAGCAGCACCCAGCGCUCACUCCCACCCUUCCUGCCCGCUGAUAUGGAGACCAAGCCCCCGUUGAAUCUGGCCCCGGAGUUCCUGUGUGGUCCUGAUCUGGAGAGUUCCCAGGAAGACAGGGAAAGGGAAGUUCUUCCUACUGCCUGGGGAGAGACCUGGAUGCCUGCAGCUCCCACCUUGACACCUUGCAGUUGCUGUGCAGGUCCUUCCUCUGGAGUGCCCACAGCCAUCGAGGAGAAGGAGGGCAGAGAAGGGCCAGCCUGAGCUGGCCGUGCCUUGGUGUCCAUCAGCAGUCAGGGAGGUGAAACCGACCAGAGAGGAAGCCAGGGGGGAGAUUCCUGAAACAGCAGCCUUUCCCCCAUCUCUCUUGCUCCACCCUCACACACGACAAGUCUGUGCACUCGAGUGUGCCACUCUCCCUGGCUGCUGACCCUGCUCUGCCCCACACAGAGCACUGCUGGGGUCUCGCACUCCUUGGCUCACUCAUCUCCUUGUGUCUGUGUUGCAGAUGCCGAGGGAUGAAGAUGGGGUUCUGGCCCUCAGAGUAGGGGUAUGGUGGGCCCUGGAGCCCAUUGGGUGCAUAUUUGUCUGGAUGGAAGGGAGGCACUGGCCAGGCCACCGGCAGCUAACAAAGCCCAAAGUCCCAGUGACUCAUGGCAGUGGAGGUGGCUCUUGGAAACAGCAGGGGAAGGGACUCCAGCCCUGUUGGAGCUCCUUUUUGGCCCCCAUUUCUCCUCACUCUGAGCUCUGUGGAUGAAGUCUCAUCAGGAUCCUGGGGGCAGGGUGAGGCCCUGGCUGUGAAAAAGAAGGAAACGGGUGAGAAGAGAGCAGGGCAGGCUGAGCACGCCAGUGAAAAAUGCCCCAGCCAGGGGACAAUAAGAGAGGCCAGUUAGUCCUACCCUACUAUGUCCAUUGGCUGCACAGAGGGCAUUGGGCAUCCGUUGUGCUGGGGCAGCUGGGUGCCCUGGGCACCUUCCAGAAGAGCUUUCCAGACAGACACAGCCACUCUUCCCUGCCCUCGUUUGUUGCCCAGAUUUUUGGGUACCCAGCUGACACCAAAUUUUUAGAAAUCGAAACAAACAUACAACCCAGAAAGCCAAAAGACACUUACAAGAUGGGAACCUGAAAGGAUUAGCACCUGGGGUCAGUACUGUCCCCCUGGGACAAGACAGCAGCAGUGAGGGGCACCUGGCUUGGCUGAACCAGGAUCAGUACAGGCCGGGAAGUGGCUGCAGAACCACAGAUCUCAGAAGUGCCGACUCCUGCCUCCCUCACAGGCCAGCCUCUUUCCCUGCGCCCUGUUCUUUCACCUCCUAUUAGCCAGCUGCACUCCCGGCCACCGCAUCCCCUCCAGUCUGCGAGGACAUGGUAAGUAGUCUGUUUCCUACUCUUCUCAUUCUCUCUCUCCUCUCCAAGCUCCCAUCUGAGCUUCGUUCCAUGGGAUCUGACCCCAGGAUCUCCAGCCUGACUCCCCCUGAUCCUGCGAAUGGUGCUGGGGUGGGGAGGACCCAUCCGUCUUCAUCAUCCCCGCAAGUAUAGCCAGGCCAAGACUGGUAUGCCCACCUGCAUCAAGGGCCCUGACCUGAAGCAGAGGGCAGCCCUGGUGAUACCAUGGGGCCCUGGCCCUUACUGCGUGUAUGCCUGUGCAUUGGGCACACUGGUUUAUUAGUGUUAUUUCAGCAUUGUGAUGCAGAGAGAGUAAGUGUAACAGCUGCUCCUUGCUUGCAGUGUUUAUUGUUACCUAGAGACAACCUCCUGGCUUUUUCCCAGCUCCCCCUCCCCCCCCCCCCAGCCCAACCCCCUCCUUGCCAACAAUCCUGCUCUCCCUACACUGAUGGGAAAUUUAUAGCUUGCCCAUACUAUGCCUUUAACCCUCUCCUGCCCAUAGGGUAGAUGGGCCAAGGGAAGCCAAAGAGUAAUGGGCAUGUUGGGCCCCAGCAGGUGGAAUAACUUAUGGAGGCGGGAGAGAGAUGUGACACUGUCCCUCCAUUUUGUGUGUCCAGUUUCAGGCCCCAGUUGCCCUCCUAUCUGUUACGUGAAAAAAGAGGAAAGAUCUUUGGACCUAGCCUUAAGAUCCCAGCAUAUUUCCCACAAAAUUAUUCCCUUCCCUGGACAUCUCUAAGCACCUGGUCAGGUUGUCUGGACCUUAGGUAAUAUUGAAAUGGAGGGGAUGAAUUCGGAGUGGCAGAGGCCUGGCCUCUUCCUUUCUGUCUGAGAGAGGCAGCUCUAGAGACAGCACCCAGUGAGACAAGCAAGAGGCCUGGCUUGAGAAAUGCAGGCCGGACCACCGCAGCCAGGUCAAUGCCAGACAAGCCUGCGCUCAGCCUGGAGGAAGAAACUCCACCUGAGCCCAGGCCUGAGCCCAGCACUGAGGUCUUGAGACUCUCAGGCCCUUCUCCAGGCUGGACGUCUUAGUCCAGUUAGGCCGCUCCUCUCUGCUUGCCUUUCCUGCUCCAUUUUGCCAUGCACGUCUUGGUUUGACAUAAUGAGGCAGACCCAGGCAUGGCCUCCACGAUGGGGAAAGAGAAGCCUCUCUCUCGUCUUGACCCAGGACCUUCUGUGGAGGGACACUGUCAUCACUCCACCAUCCUUGCUGGAAACAGAAGAGAGGAAAAGGGCUUAGAGUGUAGCAGAAAGGACAGAGAUUAGACACCUGGAAAAACUGACCCCUGGGAUGAAAGACUUCAAAAUGCGUCUACUGGGGGCCGGCACCAUGGCGCACUAGGUUAAUCCUCCGCCUGCGGUGCCAGCAUCCCAUAUGGGCACUGGUUCUAGUCCCAGCUGUGCCUCUUCCAGUCCAGCUCUCUGCUGUGGCCUGGGAAGGCAGUAGAAGAUGGCCCAAGUGCUUGGGCCCCUGCACCCACGUGGGAGACUGGGAAGAAGCUCCUGGCUCCUGGCUUCGGAUCGGCGCAGCUCUGGCCGUUGCAGCCAUCUGGGGGGGGGGGGGGUUGUGAACCAACGGAAGGAAGACCUCUCUCUGCCUCUCCCUCUCACUUUCUGUAAUUCUACCUCUCAAAUAAAUAAAUAAAAAUCUUAAAAAAUA